CUUAAAAGAAGCGGCGCCCUCAAGAACAACCAGUGGCAACUGAAGCCAAAUUGUCGCCAUAUUUUCUGAAGGCACCUUCCGGGUCCUUUAACCCGGGUGUCUAUGUCCAAGCGGCCAUGAAGUGAAUAAACACCAAGGAGUUUUAUUUGUCCCCAUCCCCGAAUCCCUAGUAGCUAGUCCCUACUAUUUCGGUUCCCAUUCCCGGCAGCGUUCGGACGCCGAGGCUGGGCGGGGCCCGGGCCUGGGCAACCCUUCCCGUGGACGAAGAAAGCUGAGGCCAGGAGCCGGGAGGCGGUGGCCUCAGGGACUAGGCUGCCGCUACUCGGGGUUGGAAACCCCAUGGCGCCGCCCCCAGCCCAGCUCCUGGCGCUGAGACCCAGGGAGACCCGGCCAGGUUGCAGGGAGCCCGGGGCCGUGAGCUUCGCGGACGUGGCCGUGUACUUCUCCCCGGAGGAGUGGGGGUGCCUGCGGCCCGCGCAGAGGGUGCUGUACCGGGACGUGAUGCGCGAGACCUACGGCCACCUGGGCGCGCUCGGAUUCCCAGGCCCCAAACCAGCCCUCAUCUCUUGGAUGGAACAGGAGAGUGAGGCUUGGAGCUCCGCCGCCCAGGAUCCUGAGGAGGGGGAAAGCCUGGGAGGAGCUCUGAGAGGAGACAUCCCAAACAAGGAGAAGUUGGAACCCAAGGAAGGUCCUACGGCCAGAAGAAGAGGGAUGACUCCUGGGAAGGAGCAGCAUGAAGAGUUUGUUAAACACAACCCUGACUCCACUACUAGCAAGGCCUCUGCGAGAGCACAGCUGCCCGUGAAAGUUGCCUGGGAUCAGACGGCACGUGCACAGUCCCCAGUACCCGUGGCCAGUGUGGAUGCUCAGGCAAACCAGCGGCGUCAUGUAUGUGCAGACUGCGGCCGCCGCUUCACCUACCCGUCGCUGCUGGUCAGCCAUCGGCGCAUGCACUCGGGCGAGCGGCCCUUCCCCUGCCCUGAAUGUGGCAUGCGCUUCAAGAGGAAGUUCGCGGUGGAAGCUCACCAGUGGAUCCAUCGCUCCUGCUCUGGGGGGCGGCGGGGCCGGAGGCCUGGCAUCCGGGCUGUGCCUCGGGCCCCAGUCCGAGGUGACCGGGACCCGCCAGUGCUCUUCCGGCACUACCCAGACAUCUUCGAGGAAUGCGGGUGAGCAGCUCCCACCAGCUGUACUUCAACUUCACCUUGGCACUGACUGAACCCUGAGGUUGGCUCCGGAGUCAGGGAUUUGGGAACUGAUAUUCAUCCCUUGUGCUUCCCUCAAGGAUCCCUCAAGUUUCCAAACUUGUAAAAAAGAAAAGUGCCUGUAAAGAUCUAAACAGAUUAAAACUGAUAUCCCUCUCCCAGUGUUCUGUUAAAAAAAAAAAAAAGGGUGUGGGGAGUAAGAGGCUGGACUUUUCUCAGUGUUAUCUCAGUAGCAGGUGCAACUGAGACCUUGCCAUCAUCUCAGGAAACAUCCACUGACUCCCUGUCUACUUCAGAGGUAAAUGCUGAGGCCUGGGGAGAGGCCUGCAGGCAGACAUGGUCCCCCAGGAUGUAGGGCAGGUGGACUGGUGCAUGAGUACAGAUGCAUGUGGCCCAAAUCUGUUCUCUGAAAAUUGCCCCAGGGCACUUCUGGUAAGUCAUAUGCCCUCCCUGAGCCUCAGUUCCCUCAUCUGUAAGAGGAAGAUUAAUAUCUACCUCAAAGGGUUGCUGUGAAGAUUGAAAUUUUAACAAGAUAAUAUGUAUGACAUAGUAAAUGUGCAAUAAACAUUUGUUAAAAAGA